UUUACAUCCGUGACAGGUGGCGAAUUGUUAUCGUGAGGUAGAAGUGAUGUGUAUGAAACUGCCCCGCGAUGGUGACGAAGUGGAGUAAACUAGCCGGUGUUGGCAUUUUCUUAACAUGGAUGUGUACACUAACAGUCGCUGCUGGCAAACUGUAUCCCUUGGAUGGGAAAUGGACGUUUGUCUGCCCACAAAUCUAUCUGGCUGUCUUCACCGGCUUUGCUCCAAAAGGCAAUCAAACAGCUGGCACAUAUACGAAGCAAGAAGACAUUCACUCUCUUGAAUCCUGUCUAGUUGCCUGCUGUAAUUCUGACACAUGUAAUGUUGUCUUUAUGCACAAUGCAGAGUGUUUUCAUAUUGAGUGUGUGAGCAAUCAGAUGUGUGCUCCAUUGUUCCGUCCUGAGCCACAGUUUGGAAGCCAUGUUCGCAUGGUACUUGUUCAGCCAGUGUCAUCUGAUACCUGGAGUGACAUUGAUGUUUUUCAGAAUGAUAUAGACAUGGAAGCUGCAGAAACACGGUAUGCGGAGCCCGUAGAGCGUAAUUGUGAAGUGGGCAUUAUAUUGGAUUGUCCAGUUAAUGAAGAAUGUUUGCCAGUUGGGAAACAUUCCCGCAAUGGCAUGUGUCAGUGCAUUGAAGGCUUCAGACGAAAUGAGUCAGGUCUUUGUGAACAGUAUGGAAAACCCAAGAUUAACAAUACUGCUGUUGUAAAUGAUCUGGAGCAGGUGGCUACUUCUGUCUCUGUUCAUCCUACAAAGGUGUAUUCAGAAGGGUUAAGUGGCGUGGAUGAUAAAACUGUAUCACCCUCCGUCGAAGUAUCUUCACCCAAGCCACUGAAACAACUUGUUGUCUCUGUAAUAUCGAAGGAAGUACGGUUACCAGAAAAUGAAGUUACAUUAUCAGCUUAUACAGUUCCUGCUGAACAGACAGGAGAACACUACAAAUAUGAAUGGACCCUCCUUUCUCAGCCAGAGGGUGACAGUAGUGGUACAAUGAAUGAUCAGAAUGGAGGGACACUCAAGCUGAGCCAUCUCACUGAGGGGCUGUACAGGUUCAAAGUCAGUGUGUCUUCACCUACAGCCUAUGGCGAGACAUUUGCGAAUGUCAGUGUAUUACCUCCAAAACGAAUAAAUCAACCUCCUGCUGCAAUAAUUACUCCUCCAUCCCAGACUGUGAAGUUGCCUAACACAGGUGCAGUGUUGGAUGGUUCAAUGAGCAAGGAUGAUGACCAGAUCAUUGGCUGGCACUGGGAACUGCAGCAAGGCCCAAUUGGCUACCAACCGCACCUUGUGGACACACCUACACUACAACUGGAUAAUCUUGUUCUUCCAGGAAACUACACAUUUAAGUUGACUGUUGAGGACUCUGACCAUGCAAUGAAUUCAACCACAGCAAAUAUAACAGUUUUGAAAGUAACUGAUUAUCCACCAGAGGCAAAUGCUGGUCAGGAUAUAAUAAUCUAUCUCCCACAUAACAACCUCACUUUGAAUGGGAACCUGAGUACUGAUGACCGGGGGAUUGCAAGUUGGGAGUGGACAAAGAGUCCCACUGAUCAAAAUAAGGCUGUGGAUAUGCAGAACACAAGAACACCUUACCUGCAGCUCUCAAACUUAGAAGAAGGAAUGUAUACAUUUGUGCUAAAAGUUACUGACAACUCUGGUCAGUCAUCGUCAGCUGAGGUACAUGUCUUUGUGAAGCCUCCAACCAAUAAACCACCCACAGCAAAUGCUGGUUCUGAUCAGGUGGUUUCUUUACCUCAGACUUGGGUUACACUAGAUGGAACACAGAGUAAUGAUGAUAUUAAAAUUGUAUCCUGGUCAUGGGAGCAAAUUCGGGGUCCAUCAAAGGCAUUGUUCUCAUCACAGAAUUCUUCUUGCACUAAUGCUACUGAGCUUACAAAAGGGGAAUAUGAAUUUCAGCUAACUGUUACAGAUGAAAAUGGCAAUAAAGCCUUGGACUCUGUACAAGUCACUGUAACACAGAAUAAAAAUGCUUCUCCAAAAGCUAAUGGUGGAGGAGACCAAACUGUUAUUCUACCUGUAAGUGUGGUUAUUGUGAAUGGUUCACAGUCAAGUGAUGAUCUUGGAAUUGUGAAAUGGCUUUGGACUAGAGAAGACAGUAGCUUAGCCUUAGGCAAAGUCCUUGGAGACUCGGACAAACAUCCAGUUCUUAUGUUGAUUGAUGUUGUUCCUGGACGGUACGUCUUCCGGUUGAAGGUUGAAGAUGAGCAAGGUGCUUCUGAUGAGGACACUGUAUCGAUCAUUGUGAAAGCAGAUCCUCACUUGUUGCACCUGGUAGAACUAACACUCAAUGUUGAGGGCAGAAGAUUGACAGUAGCACAGCAGGUCGCAUUAGAGCGGAAGCUCAGUUUGCUCUUACAUCAAGAGGCAGUUAUUCACGUACGCGAGCUGCGUGAAGAGGACCACACAGGUCGAGCAGUGAUCACUUUUUAUGUAGAAGAACAUGGGGCUGCUGUUGAAGGGCCUUCUGUUGUCCAAAGAUUGCGUACCCGCUUGCGCCAAGAUGCAGGUCUUCUAGAGCUCUCUGUUGCUGACAUCCGGACUGCUGUGUGUCAGAAUAACUGUUCAGGACAUGGAGUUUGUGACCAGACUACUAGACAAUGUCUUUGUGAGGCUUUCUGGAUGCAGAAUCUAAUUAGCCGAUACAUAGGUGAUGGUGAAGCAAACUGCGAUUGGAGUAUCUUGUACGUGGUGAUAGUGUUGUUUGUGGCAAUGCUAUUGAUUGUGGGUGGCGGCUGGGCCCUGUCAUGCCUGUUCCAGAAAGUUUGUGUUCGACGUCCACGUAAAAGGCAGAAGUAUUCUCUCCUGGGCAGCGAUGGAGAAGGUGAUGCCAUGAUCCCAAGGGCUCCUCAUGGGAAGGUCAUGCUGUCAGAAUCAGACUCUGAUUCCGAUGUUCUCUUUGAGAGCCGCAAAUGCAAAAUGAAUGGAGAUUUGAGAAAUGGUCAUGGAAAGAUUCGAAAUGGUUUUAUAAAAGGAGGCCAUCGUGUGAAAACAUGAAAAACAUUCCACUGCAGAUGCAUGGUAUUAUGAAAUGUGUUGACAUUCCUGUAUGAGGCUGCAUUUUAUUACGCAGAUUUCUUCGAAUAAGUAAAUGUUGGCUAUGAAGCAACCCUGAAUUGUGAUUGAUGGCUGGUUAAAUCUACAAA